AUGAAGGCUGUGGACGCAAACAGCGCAAGGAAUGUGAUGAAUGCAGGAAACGCAACGAAUCAACGCAAUGAAUGCAAGGAACGCGAUGAGCGCAAGGAACGCAUCGAAUGCAAGGAACGCAAUGAAUGCAAGGAGUGCGAUGAAUGCAAGAAACGCAAUGAAUGCAAGGAAUACAAUGAAUGCAAGGAAUGCAAGGAAUGUAAGGAACGCAAUGAAUGUAAGGAACGCAAUGAAUGCAAGGAACGCAAUGAAUGCGAGGAACGCAAUGAAUGCAACGAAAGCAAUGAAUGCAAGGAACGCAAUGAAUGCAAGGAACGCAAUGAAUGCAAUUCUCCAUCGGAGUAG